AUGCAGAGAGCAAAAGCGGGUAGUAUGCAAAAGUUAUUCCUUUUAGAUUAUCGAAUUGUAGGUAACAUGGGUGAAGACUUCUCAGAAGUUCUCAAAUGCCAGAGUCUUCUGGAUGGCAAGCUUUACGCUUGUAAAAGAAUGAAACAAAAAUAUACCAGUGACCGAUACAAUGGUACCUUAUCACUCAUUUUGGAACUCAUGGAUAUGAAUAUUUAUGAGCUAAUUAAAGGUAUUUGCAAAAGGAAGUCAUCUUCCGAGUCCAAAGUUAAAUUAUAUAUGUAUCAACUUUGUAAAUCUAUUUACCAUAUGCAUCGAAAUGGAAUAUUUCACAGAGAUGUCAAACCUGAAAACAUUCUCAUCAAAGACAAUGUGUUAAAAUUAGCUGACUUUGGUUCUUGUAAGAGCAUGUAUUCAAAGUUACCAUAUACAGAAUACAUAUCUACAAGAUGUGUAAACUGGUAUAGAGCACCAGAAUGUCUACUAACAGAUGGUCACUAUGGUUACAAAAUGGACAUGUGGAGUAUUGGAUGCGUUCUGUUCGAGCUCAUGAGUCUACGACCACUCUUUCCUGGUUCAAAUGAGUUAGACCAGAUUUCAAAAAUUCACGAAAUUGUUGGAUCUCCUUCUGCCGAGGUUUUAGAUAAAUUUAGAAAAAUCCAAUCUCGAAGUAUGGACUAAUUUCCAUAUAAGCAUGCUACAGGGAUAUCUCCAUUACUAAGACAUGCUUCUAAACAGUGCAUUGAUCUAAUAACUAAACUAUGUAUGUAUGAUCCAGAUGACAGGUAG